AUGGCGCUUAUGGACUGUACUGGCCACCCAACUUCUUUUGUCAGAGGUGUGGUCGAAGGCACCGAGGUCCCCAUGUUGGUGGACUCGGGGGCGUCGGUGUCACUGAUAAGUGCGGACUUCCGUAUGUCAGUCCCUGCCCUGCGAAAUAGGCCCAUGAAAAGGAACUUUAUUGACUCUAGGGCAAUUAAUGGACAAAUGUUGGACACACUCGGUACCUGUGAAAUCACCUUCCGCCUGGGCCCGACAAACUGGCAGCACACUUUCCAUGUGCUACGGGAAUCCACCCAGUGUGUCCUGCUCGGACUGGAUUUCCUGGCUCCGAACUGUGCGUUGCUGGACUGGGGGCAGGGUGUGUUACAACUAUGGGAUGUGUCCGUGCCCCUGCUUCAGACUGGUGAGUUAGUCCCUAGCUGUUGUAACGUGUCCCUCGCUGAUGUCUGGACCAUUCCCCCACUGAGUGAGGCUCUGGUACCAGUGAAUAUUCUCACUCCGGCUGGGACUGGUCGGCCUGCUGCAGACUUUGAGGGAUACCUGGAGCCUAACAUUCCCGAUACAACUGGCCUGGUGGUUGCUCGCUCGGUGAACAGUGUGAGAAACGGUGUGACAUCAGCCCGCAUCCUCAAUCCCACGGGGGAGGCGGUUGAACUUAAACGGGGACUACACCUGGGUGAGUUUUACCCCCUCAAAAAGGACGACAUCGUCGUGCCACCUCAUGUUGCAGACCACCAUCCAACUGUGCCGCCAGCCGCAGUGAGCCCUGUCUCCCUGGAGGAGUCUCCUGUUACGGCCGAGCAAAGGGCCAGGCUGGCUGACCUGCUCCAGAGGGACGGCGCACGCCACAAAAAUGCUGACGCUCUGUCCCGCCGGCCCGUGUCCCCUGACCCUGUCGACCCAAAUGCUCCUGCAACUGGACCUGUUACUGUGGCCUCACUGGAGACGUCUGACCACUCUCCAUCCGCGGAUGUGGAAGCAGAGUCACUUCUGGUCUAUUCACUCUGUGGUGGUGGAGCGGAGUUGCAGUCACUGCAGCGUGAGGACCCUGACAUCGGUACUGUGUUGGCAUGGUUGGAGCAAGGCAAGGUGCGACGGCCUCGUAAAGUCCCCAGGGAUUGCUCCGCCGGUUUGAGGAAGCUGUGGACCGAGUUUCACCGUCUGUCUGUGAUGGAGGGCCUGCUAUGCCGCACAGUGGUCACUGACACGACAGGACAGAAGCGAGUUCAGACUGUGGUCCCUGCAUCCAUGGUGCCGGAGCUCCUCCAACAGUUGCAUGGGGGGCCAGCUGCUGCGCACUUUUCGGCAGAGCGUGUGUGGGAAAAGGCCAGACAGUCCUGCUACUGGCCCUUCAUGUUGAGGGACAUAAGGCGUUGGUGUGAGCAAUGUAGGGCCUGUCAGACUCGCAGGAGCCCAGUCCCAGGGCCCAAGGCUCCUAUGGGAGGGGCCCAGGUAAGCCGCCCUCUACAGCGGGUGGCCGCAGAUAUCCUGGAGCUGCCCAUGACAUCUCGAGGCAACAGGUACAUUUUAGUGGUAGAGGACUACUUUACUAAGUUUGUUUCCCUGUAUGCUUUGCCUAACCAGACAGCACACUCUGUUGCACGCUGCCUUUUUGAGGAUUAUGUGUUGGUGCAUGGGGUCCCCGAAAUCCUGCAUAGUGAUCAGGGCCGUCAGUUCGAGGCAGAAGUGAUCCAGAUCCUCUGCCAACGGCUGGGGAUUAAGAAAACCCGUACCACAGCCUAUAACCCCAAAUCGGAUGGCAUGGUGGAGCGUCACAACCGGACUUUGAUUGAUCAGCUGGCCAAGCUGCUGCUUUCUCAUGGCGGUGAGUGGGACACGUAUGUGAAGCAUGUUGCUUUUGCAUAUAACACCUCUAAGCAUUCCAGCACCCGGUUUACCCCCUUCUACCUGAUGCAUGGACGUGAGGCUCGAGUUCCUGCAGAUGUGCUAGUGCCUGCUAGUGCUCCUGACUUCUGGGGCACUGGAUCUCUGAUGGAUUAUGCCUCCACCAUUGCGGAGCGGCUGGAGUCAGCAUUCAGCACAGCCAGGCUUAACUCUGCUGAGGCGCAUGAAAGGCAGAAGCUGUACCAUGACCAGAGUAGCUGCCACCGUCCCUAUAUGGUAGGUGCACUAGUGUGGCUUAACAACCCCCCAGAAAGCCGUAUGAAGCUGGCACCCCACUGGAAGGGUCCCUAUCGGGUGGUGCAGGUGCUGGCCUCUGGUGGAGAGUCUGCACUGACGUAUCGAAUCGUCAGCGCCCUCGACCCGAUGGAGCGAGCCCAGGUGGUCCAUCAUGACAGACUGAAACUGUACACUCUACCAUUGCCUGCACAGGCGGUUCCGACUCCGGCUGCUGUGAGGUCUCCUCUUGGGGUCGAGUCUUCGCUCCCCCAGCACGGAGAUCAGCCUCAGACUGGUGAGAUGGAUAAUGGACUGUGUGGGACCUUGCCAGAACUCCAGUCUCGCAGCGGGCGAGUGGUGCGACCUCCAUCCCAUUUGCAGGACUUUGUCAGGUUUUGA